GUGGGAGCCCACAAGCUACCUCUCUUGGAAGCAGAUAAAAGGACCAUCUCCUUGCACUCCUGGGAUAUUCAGGGCCCUCUCAGCCUGACUGUGACUCUCCUCAUCUUUCUCCUCAGUAUUCAUGAGGGCCUCCAUGUCUCGCCAGGCUUACAGCACCAAAGGGGGCUUCAGCUCCUCCUCAGCCUCUGGUGGCCGUGGUGUGGGUGGUACUAGGACCCACACCAGCUUCAGCUCCAUGACAAUGUCCAGAGGUGGGAGCAGGCUUGGGGGUGCUGCCUAUUGCAGCCCAAGGGGCAGCUUUGGUAGCCACAGCCACCACAAUCUGGGUGCUAAUACACGAAUCUCUGUCAGUAUGGCUCAGGGUGCAUCCCAUGGGAGGUCCUUUGGGGGCUUUGGUGUUGGGGCUGGCAGCUAUUUAGGCCUGGGCUCCAGCAGGCCAAACUUUGGGGCCUCCUGCCCCCCUGGAGGCAUCCAAGAGGUGACUGUCAACCAAAGCCUGUUGACUCCCCUCAAUGUGGAGAUUGACCCUGAGAUCCAGAGGGUGAGGACUCAGGAGCGGGAGCAGAUCAAGACCCUCAACAAUAAGUUUGCCUCCUUCAUCGACAAGGUACGAUUCCUGGAGCAGCAGAACAAGGUGUUGGAGACCAAGUGGUCUCUGCUUCAGGAGCAAAGUCAGAACACUGUGGUGGCCAAGAACUUGGAGCCAUACUUUGAGUCCUACACAUGCAACCUUCGGAGGCAGCUGGAUGCUCUCCAGAAUGAGAGGGCAAGGCUGGACGCUGAGCUGAAUAACAUACACGAUCAGGUGGACAACCAAAAGCACAGCUACGAGGAUGAAAUCAACAAGCGAACAGCAGCAGAGAAUGAAUUUGUCACCCUCAAGAAGGACGUUGAUGCUGAGUACAUGACCCAUGCGAAUCUCGAGUCCAUCUCCAAAUCUGUGUUUGAGGAGCUCAGCUUCCUUCAGAAUCUCUUUGAGAUGGAGCGGAGCCAGAUUCAGACUCAUGUUUCUGAUACCAAUGUUGUCCUGUCCAUGGAUAACAACAGAUGCCUGGACUUGGACAGCAUCAUUGCGGAGGUCAAAACUCAGUAUGAGGAGAUUGCCAAGAGGAGCAGAGCAGAGGCAGAGUCAUGGUACCAGACCAAGUAUGAGGAGCUUCAAGUGACAGCUGGGAAGCAUGAGGACCAUCUUCGGGACACCAAGAAUGAAAUUUCUGAGCUCACCCGCACUGUGCAGAGACUGCAAGGGGAGAUUGACUCAGUAAAGAAGCAGUGCCAGCAGUUGCAGACAGCCAUUGCUGAUGCAGAACAACGUGGAGAGUUGGCCAUCAAGGAUGCCAAGAAGAAGUUGGGAGACCUGGAAACAGCUCUGCACCACACAAAGGAGGAGCUGGCCAAGCUACUGAGGGACUACCAGGACCUGAUGAAUAUCAAACUGGCCUUGGACAUGGAGAUCGCUACCUACAAGAAGCUGCUGGAGUGUGAGGAGAGCAGAAUGUCUGGAGAGAAUCCAAGUGCUAUCAGCAUUUCUGUGACGGGCAACUCUACCAGUGUUUAUGGUGGGGGCAGCCGAGGAGUUGGCAGUGGCAGCUUUGGGGGUGGGGUCUCCUUGGGCAGCAUUGGUGGAGGAAUGAAGGGGAGCUAUGGAUCCUCCUGUGGUUAUGCCAAGGCAGGGCCUACCACUGGGGGAACAUCCAUCCUGAAGAAGACUACAAGUACCACUGUUAAGUCUUCCACUCGAAGGUAUUAACCAUUCUGUGACAUGUCAAGUUGCUGCUGGUCAUUCUGAUUCCUUGUAAACUUCCCAUUCUAUUUCCCAGUCCAUCUUGAAUGGCUCUUCCUUCCUUUAUAUCCACCCACUCAAACUUUUACAGAGCUUCCCAUUCAGGACUCCCAAAUAACCAUGAAAGUUCCAUUUAUCUAUGUUUUUCACAUCAUAUCUUUUGCAUAUUAUAUUGGCUUUCUAGAGCUUAAGGACAGCUACUGGAAGUGAGAGGAGGCAUUGAGGCCUUCAGUUAAAAUGAGAACGUUGAGUUGGCUAGCUGGCAUAGUGGAAAGACCAUGGGAUUUGCAUUUAGAAGACUUGGGUUUCAAUCUUGGUUUGCUCUGAGUUUCCUCAGUUGCCUGUUCUCAAAAAUGAAGGGGUUGAAUUGGAUCUUCUCUGAGGUCCCUUCCAGCACAAGAUUCUAUGAUUCUCUGGAGAUUAACUCUUUUUUUGGGGGGUGAGGGAUUAGCUUUUGCUGAAUUGCCAAGGCAGCCUCAGUUUCUCCCACUCUCCCAGCCUUGUGUGUGCUGAGUCAAUAUAUUUUUGUACACACAUUGGUGGAUCCCAUGGUCUGAUCAUCAAGCUUCAGAUGUAAGGAAAGGGAGAAGUCAUCUUGCCCUGUUCUCCUCCCACCCCAAACUAAAUCAAAGCUGAAUGUCUUUCAAAACCCACCCUUCCUCUAAUUGUUCUUCUCCUUGCUCCUUUAUAUUGCCUAUGAUGUAUCUCAAUAAAAAGCAGCCAUGUCUCUCA